UAAUGAAUCAACAGUAACAAUACUAUCAAUAAGAACUUAAAGCUUAACAACCUCAAAUAAAAAAGGCAAAAAGCUUUGAUGACGAUGAUAAUUUAGAAGUAAUAAAUCUAUAUAAAGUAGAUAAUUAAAUAAGGAUAUGGAAUUCAUGAGGCAUUGAGAAUUGAUAUUCUAGAAUUUUAUAAAACUUGUCGAACAUAAUAAGAAUAUAAGAAUCCAGCAGACUUUGUGAAGCACAGAUUAGAUGGCAAAUAUGGACCAUAUUGGUUUGUAUUUAUGUGGGAACAUAGAAAUGGGUUAAAUGCUCAAUACAGUUAUUAUAAUAAUGAUGACAAAGUUUUUGAAUUUAAAGUAAUAACUAUUGAAAUUAUAAGUUAAAUGGUUGGCAUGUCUUGAUUUACUCAUUCAAUCAAACUCAAUAACCAGCAUAAUUUAAACCAUAACCAAGUGCCUAGACUAUGCCUUAAUAUAAUGCGUAAAAUUAAGUUUUAUAAUUUUAGAUAGUUUCCCCCUCCUCUUUAUGAUUAAAGAUUUGAUGACUAUUAAGUAGAUCCUAGAUAUCCUUACUCUUAAAUGUAAUAAGGACCAUCUCAAUUUAGAUAAGGAGGAUGGUAUUACUGA